AUGCUGUGGAAAGUGCUGGCUGGCGUAUGUCUCUAUUAUCCACUCUCAAUUGGCCUGACAUUCUACCAAAAAUGGUUCAUCAAGAACUACAAACUUCCGCUGUUUGUCGUAACAUUUCAUUAUGCGACCAAAUUUUUGUUUGCUUUCGUCAUCCGGUUUCUUUUGGAGUGCUACACCGGUGGGAGACGUGUACGUGUUCCGUUCAAGGAUCAACUCCAGUGGCUUGUUCCAAUCGGCAUUUGUGCCUCACUCGAUAUCGGUAUCCUUGAUUUUUCCCCUUUUUCACUAGCUUACUGA